AUGUUAUCUAGUUUGAUUGGAGCAUAUCUGGUAUUUUUAUUGGUUGUAACUCUUCUGUCCGAGGAUGCGAACGCAGCAGAUGCAAUUUGUGAACGCAUUGAUUUCAACGAUUUCAGUUCGUACAAGAUACGCGAGUGUUCAAAUAGCAACAAGGAAAUACUGCGUCUCUCGGCUUAUGCGGGUUCUACAAUAUUUACACCCUAUCGACCGAACACUGUAUACUAUCUAUCGAAUGUAGGCUCCGGGAAACAUCUACAACAACCACAAAAACGUCAACAUCUACGGCGCCUGAAAAGACGACUACAUAACAUUAACAUCUACAUCGCCCGAAUCAACGACUACAAUUCCAACAACUACUACAACAAUAUCUACAACAUCAACAACGGAAAUUACUUCUCUGAUACCAACAACAACACCAACAACAUCGACUACUUCAUUACCAGAUAUCAGUACUUUAGAACCAAUAACAACAUCAUCAACGUCUACAACGCCAAUAAGAACAACAACAUCUACCACUAUAAUAACACCACCCACUACCUCAACAGAAUCAACCUAUACAACAUCAGCAACCAUUACUACAAUAUCAACAACCACAGAUACUCUACCAAUAACCACGACCGAAAAUACUACUACAACACCAAGGAUGACCUCAACAGCAACAACCGGAUCUACAAUUACAUCAACCACAAUAUCAAAGCCAAGGACGACAACGACCACCACUUCUACAAUUACAGCACCAUCGACAUCUACGACACAAACAACUUCAACAACAGCAUUUACGCCCACAGUACCAACAACAAGAAGAACAAGAUCAACUAG